UGUCAUUGUUUGACGGUCUUAUGGUACGGCCACACACAUGAUUCGCUCCACUAGGCAACAUUUUAUUGAACUUGUAUUUGAAAAGCAGUGUAUUAGCUCACGGUUCUGUGUCAUGGUAAACACGUGUGGAUACGUGAAGUCUAUGUUCAACACGUGAGGUGGUGUGGGACUUAUUCGCGUCGACUGCUCUCGUCACAAGGUUACCUGAUGCAAGCAGUGAUGCGGUGAAGUGGUCGUGGUUGACGUUGUCCCCUACUGGUCCAGUGUCACCGAGGCAAGUGCCAGCCUUCUAGUUCCCCUCCAGAUCAAUACAGCGCUACGUCUCCCAGCUCGUAGUACAUCCAACUCUCCAUAUCUCUGUAUGGGGACAGUGACAGGGCUGGAACAAUGUAGCAAUAAGUGGCACUUAUUACUUACACCCCUACCUACUUGUCAUCAUGGAUAUCAUCUAAACCAGCUCACCCUUGGAGCUUGGAAGUCAUUCACUGAGUGAUAAGUAAAAGGAGUGUGUUAAGUGUGGAGAUGAGGAUAUAGUACUGGUCGUGGGACUGAAGUGGUAAGUGUUGAAUAAGAAGUGUGAGCACCCUGCUGCCAUCAAUUGCUGUCCACUUAUUGUCAUCCUCGUCUAACCAGGUGCUCGGCCGAGUUAUUGAUGAUUGAGCAACUUAUUCAACUUUUUACCUCCUUUCCCAAUACAUUACCUUGGUAGUGUCAAUAUGUGUGGAUACCGAGCCAUUCCGAUAACACCACCUGCAGCGAGAUGCACGUUCCAGUGACCUUAGGGAACAAAGAUCAGCACGCGGGCAAUUAACGUGUGUAUGUUAAUAUCCUGGAGUUGAUGAUAUGGAACUUACAGAGAUGGGGACUCGCCAAAGAGAGUUGGGGCAGCUGGCAGUGGUACCAGUGGCGCCGACAGAGGAAGUCACUUAUGGUCCGGAGUCUGCACACUCCACGUGUGAGUCGCAGACAGCUUGGGUUGAGUACAAACCUGUGCUUUCACAAAUGGAUCGCCUGUUGGAUGAACGGUACCGGGCCAAGUUAAAAAGUAACGUUACUGCUAGCCUGCAAGCUAAAGUGUAUAACUUUCUGGAGAGGCCGACAGGAUGGAAGUGCUUCAUAUAUCACUUCACAGUCUUCAUGAUGGUGCUCAUCUGCCUCAUCUUCAGUGUCUUAUCUACCAUAGAGCAGUACACAGCCUUCGCCAACGAAACACUCUUCUGGAUGGAAAUUGUCCUGGUUGUGUUCUUUGGGUUGGAGUACGCAAUCCGGUUGUGGUCGGCCGGAUGCAGGAGCAAGUACAUGGGAGCUCGGGGACGAUUACGAUUUGCACGAAAACCCAUUUCAGUUAUAGAUUUCCUUGUAGUUAUCGCAUCUAUAGUGGUUCUCUCAGUAGGCUCAAAUGGCCAGGUGUUCGCUACCUCCGCAAUCAGGGGAGUGAGAUUCCUGCAGAUUCUGCGUAUGUUGCACGUGGACCGACAGGGAGGCACCUGGCGUCUUCUAGGUUCAGUAGUGUACAUACAUAGACAGGAAUUAAUAACAACACUGUAUAUAGGGUUUCUGGGACUCAUCUUCUCUUCCUACUUUGUGUAUCUGGCGGAGAAAGACGCGGUAGGCGAGGAUGGUACGACAGAUUUCACCAGCUAUGCAGACGCCCUCUGGUGGGGUGUGAUAACGGUUACCACUAUAGGCUAUGGCGACACGGUUCCGCAGACCUGGAUGGGACGUAUCGUGGCUUCCUGUUUCUCCGUGUUUGCUAUCUCAUUCUUCGCCUUACCUGCAGGUAUCUUGGGGUCUGGGUUUGCCUUGAAGGUUCAGCAAAAGCAAAGGCAAAAGCAUUUUAACAGACAGAUUCCCACAGCAGCAUCUCUCAUACAGUGCUUGUGGCGGUGCCAUGCUGCCGAGUCGUCCUUCAACUCCAACGCUACAUGGAAGGUGCAUGUGCAGGAGAACGGCCACCAUCAUUUUUAUGGUAGCAAGCAGUACGGGCUCAACGCCAACCCCUCGGCUCUCUCACGCAUGGCCCGCCGAGCCAGUCUUCUGAAGAAGAAGCGGUCGUUUCGCGGGCCCAACAUGCUGGAGAGACAGGAGAGUUGCUCCUCAUUGUCCAACUACCAGCUGGAUGCCAUUAAACCAGGUACCCCGACCCGCUGUGGGUCGUAUGGUCGCGGCUCCGAUGCUGACAUGUCACUGGAGGAUGAGAUGGAUGGUGAUUGCAUCAUAAAGCCAGAGCAGUUGACGGAGUCUCACAAGGUCAUGAUCAGGGUGAUUCGCAAGAUCAAGUUCUUUGUAGCAAGAAGAAAAUUCUCACAAGCUCGCAAGCCGUACGAUGUACGUGAUGUGAUAGAGCAGUAUUCUCAGGGACAUCUCAACAUGAUGGUCAGAAUCAAAGAGCUACAGAGGAGGCUGGACCAGACUCUGGGCAAGCCAGUAUACUUCGGUGCCAACAACAAGGACAGGGAAAAGUCCACGCUAUGUGCACGAGUCACAAGGGUAGAAAAUCAGGUUAAUCGUUUGGAUACAAAGAUGGACCAGAUGUUAACAUUAAUGAAUAAGCUAGUCAAAAUGACAGAAGGAAAAGAUUCCAGUAAAGAGGACAAUUCCUAGCAUUGACUCCGAUCCGUACAUCCACACCAAUCAGGUGCCAGUAUGCAGGCACCAUAUGCACAUGCACAUGUCAGUGCCAGGGCGUGACCCCUGCUGACUUGCACAACCAACGCACCUAGAGCAGGCUGACGUUGGCCAAUAGGAGACAAGGUCAGAGUUCAAGGUCAUUCAGGACCAACAUGGCUGACAGUCACUGAGAAAAGCUACAGUGAUCACCAUCAUACAUUCACAUUUUGUACGGAGACAGAACCAGCAAAUAACCGAAGUGUGAAAGUCUGACACAAGAUGUACAGUGUUGUACAGUAUUAGGCCAGUGGCAGGACAUUCAGUGGCGGGAGAAGAAUCAACACACAUGCCUGGCACACAGAAGCAGACGUCUUCCUUUAGGAACCCCAGAGUGUAGUGUGUAAGGGAGGCACAGUCCCUGGUUAGAGGAUACAUUGUCCCUGGUUAGAGGAUACAUUGUCCCUGGUUAGAGGAUACAUUGUCCCUGGUUAGAGGAUACAUUGUCCCUGGUUAGAGGAUACAUUGUACCAUGGUACAUACUAGAUUGACUCGAAGUAUAUGCAGUUACCUAAACACAGUAACCAGAUACACAGACCAUGGUUCGUGUUGUUUGUUAUGGGUUACAAAUGUGUAUGCUAACAGACUCAAAGUACCUUACUAUGUCACUUACACCGUGAGGAGAAGGUGAGUGUGUCACCCUUGCCCUGAUGUACUUCAAAGUCCCAUCUUCCCAGCAAGCCAUCUCUAAUCACCUUCAUCUUGUCGUAAAUGAUGGUGCAUUUCAUGAAAAAGUAAGGUUUUAAAUUCCAGCUAUUGCCAGCAUUGAAACUAAUGUAGCUUCUAGUCUAAUAUUUGAUUCAAUUUUGUCAUCUUAGUACUGCGGUGCUCAAAGAGUCGGACUCGACUAGUACUUUGAUAUGCAGUAUCGGAUAUCAGCUGAACAUAGCGCCAUUGUACAAGCAGCCUUAGCGCUACGACUGUCGUAAGUCUAUGUUGCUACGACUCUCGUAAGUCUAUGUUAAGAUAUGGGAGUUACGAUCACCUUAGCGCAAAGAUCGCCUUGUACAACGGUGCCCUGGUCCUUAAGGAACAGGACGUUGACGGUUCGGAAGCUUUGUUUGUAAACAUUAGCCAAUAAAACCCGAGCUUGCUCUGCUCUGCUCGCCUUAUUCAGAGACAGAAUGUUCUGCUCCAAUGACCUUGCAUACCAUGUGUGUAGGUUAAAGACAGUAUCAGUUUUCUCUGGUUUUGUAAUGAAAUGAAAUGUGAACAGACAGGCCUAAUGCAAGCCUUUUGUUGUGCUACAACAAAUGCGACGGUGAGGUGCAUGACAAUACAGCUUUACACUUCAAAGUGACCGUAUCGCUAGCUCUCCUAAGAACUUCGGUGACUGCACGAGGUGGUUAAAAACGCAAAUGAAAAUAGUUUUUUAUGUUUUAGGAUAUUUUUUCAAUAUCUAGACUCGUCCAAGAUGAAACCGAUGAAAAACACAUGAAUUGAAAAAAAACACUACUGAUGCCAUUUUACUCUGCAUAUAGCUUGUGUUGUCGGCGUCACUGUGUGGAGCUUUAUUGUUUUGGUUUCAGAAUUGAGUCAGGCAUGUGACUUCACUCUCGGAAAUUAUUUCAUGAAUGAUUUAAAAACACACAGACCCAUCGACGUACUGUCCCUUUAAAAUAUCGGAUAGGAAGUAUCGGAUAUCGUAUGAACUAGUCCUUAAAAAAUAUCUCACUUCAGUGACUGGUACCUUAAUGUGUAGAAUCAAAUAUCAGAUGAACUGGUCCUUAAAAUAUCUGACCUUAUGACCAAUACCGUGAUAUGCUGUACCCAGAUAUGUAGUACCAUGGUAACAGUCAGUGGAACCUCCAUACAGUACCGUCAGGGCCACUUUCACACGACAUGGACUGCGAGGUAAACAUCCGUGAUGCAAUGUGACUGUACGAAGCGUGUAGUUAGCAUGGUACAAAGUGUCUGGAUGCGUAGCUAGCAUGGAUACACUUUCUGAUACAAAGCAGACCCAUGUAUAGCAACAACCCACAUAUAACUGCUUGGGUGAAAGGGCAUUUUGUGAAUGGGCAUCUGGAAAGUGAACUUACGUAUACCGUGAAGGUGCAAACUGUUUUGACAUUCCAUGAUCGUGCAAGGCUCUCCGCCCAGCAUUUAACAUUCCUGGAAUCGUGGGAAGAUGUAACAAUGAUCAUCGACCUGCGGACAUACUCCUACUCUCAUUGCUCGUGACAUGCAUUCCAUGAUCGGGGAAACCACAUCCACUUCAUCAAGGUUGUUUUAAGGUCACAAAUUUAAUGGCAAUAUCAAAUAUAUCAUGUUAUCUUUUCUCAUGUAAUAUUAUCUUACAACUUCUUAUGAUUCCUUAGAAGGAAGUACUUCCAAAUUCAAAAUACUUGACCUGUAAAAGAAGUCCUAAAAAGACAUACAGUCAAACACCGUUGUUUCAAAGUCGAAGGGACCUACAGAAAUAUUUUAAUUUAUCCGAGGUUCGAACACAACCAAAAAUGAUGAAUAAAGAAGGAAUACGCAGGAAAAAGCUUUUGUUUCAAGACAAUCAUAAGUUCGACACAUCAAAGUUGGCCACAACACUGUUUGACUGCAUAUAAAAGAUAUAUAUAUAUGAGUGUGUUUUUCUCUCUCAGGAAAUAAUGGCACAUACAUCAAUUAUCAAACAAACGAUCAAACUACUGUAAUUAUUCUAAAAAUUUGAACCCUCCAAGAAAAAAAAAUCCUAAUUGUCAUUAUAUUAUAAUAUUGUUUGUCUUGUUUUAUGGAUGAAAUUGCCCUAAAAAAUCAAAACGGUGUAUUGAUUGAAAAUAUGCACAUUUUGAGAAAAACAUUGUUUGUAUUGUCGUUUUGCUUUAGUGUAUUUAAGGAGAAAAUAAAUUAACUAUAUUUAAUCAAUUUGCCAUCUUGCGACAUUGACCAGGAAAAUCUGUAAGACAAGUCAGCCUUUUAUGCAUUCAGGGUUUUCUAAUCCUAACUGUGGGAAGACAUGACGACAUGAAACGCUCAUGAAUAACAACCAUUUCAUUGUUUGUAACAAUGUUUCAGUUGAGGAGAAAUGGGGUUUAACGUCUCGUUCAAGAUAAUUGCACUUAUAUUGCAACAUGCAUGCACGUGUGUGUCUGUGGCUGCUAGUACUAGUCCGGACUGAUGC